AUGCGUAUUCCUACGAUAUUGGUCGCAUCGGCCUUUCUCCCUCUCAUCUCUGCUGUCCCCGCUGGUUCGAGCAUCACCCCACCGCCGCCCUUGCAGCCAGUCCGUCUCACCCAUUCCAACCCACGCCCGUGGGCUCGACUGCGCGACUGGGUAAUCAGUUCCAUUUGGGAUAUUGACCAUACUCGAUGCUCUUCAAAACAUCACUCGCCACCGUCGAAUAUCUAUGACCGAUAUGGCAGCGAUGUCGUUCUCCGAUUUUACUUGCGCCAACCGGACGAGGCAGCGGCGUUGGCUUCUGCCUCACAGGUGCUGUUCUUGGACACUUGGGCCAUCACUUCGGAAUUUGUGGAUAUUAGACUGGCAGAGGAUAUGAUCCCUUCCCUGUUGGACUUAUUACCGUCAACGCUCCGCACCUCCUACACUCCGCUUAUGGACAACCUCGCCAAGAAGAUUUAUGAAUCGUAUCCCUCUCGUCGCCCUACAAACGCCGAAUUUGGUGUUGGGAAUACACCAGGUGAACUCCAGACGAUAUCGAACGGGGACCUUUUCUUUCAAGAAUACCAACCCCUGGCCGUCAUUACGCAAUGGAUGCGCUUGAUGGCCUCCAUGUUCUCCACCCACGUACAAAUGACCAGUGUGGGGGUGUCCUAUGAGGGUCGAGAUAUCCCAGCAUUGCGACUGGGAGCCUCUGCCUCGGCAGAACCCACAGAGGGCCCUCGCAAGACAAUUGUCAUUGUCGGUGGUACUCAUGCCCGGGAGUGGAUCAGCACAUCCACGGUAACAUAUGUGGCAUACAGCUUAAUCACUCAUUACCGCUAUUCAGCCACAGUAACAGAAUUGCUGCACGAGUAUGACUGGGUACUAAUCCCAACCCUCAAUCCAGACGGAUAUGUCUACUCAUGGGAAUCGGACCGGCUAUGGCGCAAGAACCGCCAGCCAACAGGCCUCCCACUUUGCCCAGGCGUCGAUCUAGAUCGCUCCUGGGACUAUGAGUGGGACGGCGAGUCCACUCGCUCGAACCCGUGCUCAGAGAACUACGCCGGCGCGGAGCCCUUUGAAGCACUUGAGUCACUACGCCUAGCGCAGUGGGCUCAAAAUGAGACAGCCCAGCACCGCGCGGAAAUCGUUGGAUACAUCGACUUACACUCCUACUCUCAGCAGAUUCUAUACCCAUAUUCAUACAGCUGCUCGUCUGUGCCGCCCACGCUCGAGAGUCUGGAGGAGCUAGCAUUGGGUCUAGCCAAGUCAAUUCGCCAGACAUCACAUCAAUCCUAUGAUGUUACCUCGGCUUGCGAGGGGAUUCUCAGUCACAGCGUAGCUGCUGGAACUACCGCGGGCGGUAGUGCUUUGGACUGGUUCUACCAUAAGCUGCGCGCCAAGUUUUCGUACCAGAUCAAGCUCCGCGACCGCGGUAGUUAUGGGUUCCUUCUGCCUUCCGAGCACAUUGUCCCAACAGGCAAGGAGAUUUAUCGUGCUUUAUUGACAUUUGGCAAAUUUGUUCAGGGCGAGAAGGCCUCCGUCAGCUUUGAUGAUUUGACAGGCGAUCAAAUACCCUUAGCCGCUGGCCCUUGA